AUGGUGUCCAAACCUGUGCAUGGGCUGCCCUUGCUGCCGGGCUUCACCUUCGUCGACCCCACGAAAACUGCCUUUCCCCGAAACCAGACAUUGAGUUUCAAGAAUGGCUAUCCCUUAUCUCGACUUCCAACAGUGGGGCUCGGCAGAGAACCAAUCCAAGUGAACCAGUUGUCCCAAACUGAUUUGGAUGAAUUAGCCAAUAAGAUACCUACGCUGACCUAUGAAGAACCCAGGCAAGCUCCUCUUGCUGACUUUAUUCCUGCACAUGUAGCCUUUGACAAAAAGGUAUUGAAAUUUGAUGCAUUUUUCAAAGAGAUAGUCCCUUUGUCCAGUGAGGAGGAUUAUAGGAUCCGAAAGGUGGUCAUCUAUUAUUACCUGGAGGAUGACAGCAUGUCAGUUAUGGAGCCUGUUGUGGAAAACUCUGGAAUUCCUCAAGGCAAAUUCAUCAAGCGCCAGAGACUGCCCAAGAAUGAACGAGGAGACCAUUAUCAUUGGAAAGACCUGAAUCGGGGUAUCAACCUUAGUAUUUAUGGAAAGACAUUCCGUCUUGUUGACUGUGACCCUUUUACAAAGGUAUUUUUAGAGAGUCAAGGAAUCGAACUGAAUCCCCCAGAGAAAAUGGCUAUAGACCCUUACACUGAAAUCCGGAGAAAACCACUCCGCAUGUUCAUCACUCCAACAGACUUUGACCAGUUUAAACAAUUUCUGACCUUUGAUAAAAAGGUCCUCAGAUUCUAUUCAAUUUGGGAUGACACAGAUAGCAUGUUUGGAGAGAGUCGAACAUAUAUUAUUCAUUACUAUCUUGCUGAUGACACAGUGGAAGUUCGAGAGGUUCAUGAACGGAAUGAUGGGCGAGACCCUUUUCCAGUCCUGCUGAGGCGUCAGCGUUUGCCCAAACUCUUGAAGGACAAUUCAAAGUACUUCCCUCGAUGUGUCCUGGAAGUCUCUGAUGCAGAUGUAAAAGAAUGGUUCACUGCCAAAGAUUUUGCUGUGGGUCAGACUGUUUCUAUGCUUGGACGGACUUUCUUCAUCUAUGAUUGUGACAAAUUCACUCGAGACUUUUACCGAGAUAAGUUUGGGUUUCCUGAAUUCCCAGUCAUUGAUGUGAGCAAGAAGCCACCACCUGUCAUAAAACAGGAAUUACCUCCCUAUAAUGGUUUUGGAUUCAUUGAGGAUUCUGCUCAGAAUUGCUUUGCCCUGAUUCCAAAGACCCCCAGAAAAGAUGUUAUCAAGAUGUUGAUAGAUGAUCACAAGGUGCUUCGAUAUAUGGCUAUGAUGGAAUCCCCUAUCCCUGAAGAUCAGGGAAGGCGGUUUAUCUUAUCUUAUUUCGUAGCCUCAGAUAUGGUCACUAUCUUUGAACCACCAGUCCGAAAUUCUGGCUUCUUUGGGGGUAAAUACCUUACUAAGACUAAAAUUGCUAAGCCAGGAUCCUGUGUAGACAAUCCCUCCUAUUAUGGACCCGGUGACUUUUAUAUUGGUGCCCUCAUCGAAGUUUUUGGCCACAGGUUCAUCAUCCAAGAUGCAGAUGAAUAUGUUUUGAAAUAUCUGGAAUGCAAUGCAGAUCAUUAUCCCCAAGAGACAAUCCUGUCACUCAAAAAGCAUUUCUCAAGACAAGCACCGUCUACGACACAGGAACCUGACAGUGAACAGGCUGAAGACACCAAAGACAAGGAGGACAAGGAGGUCAAGGAGGACAGGGAUGAAAUAGAAAGGCUAAUAAAGCAGAUCCAGGAAAGGCUCAAGGAUGCUAACAUCUUAAUUGAAAACCCCAUCCGUGAAGCGUUUGAAAUCCUUGACAAAGAUAGAACAGGAUUUGUGGACAAAGAAAAAUUCUUUGGUAUCUGCAAAACUUUUAACCUGCCAAUUGAUGACUGCCUUAUUAAUCAGUUAAUCAGAAUGUGUACCCAUGGAGAAGGCAGAAUCAAAUACUACGACUUCGUCAGAGCUUUGUCACAGUGA